UUCGUAGUGCCAGUCUACCAGAGGAGAAGAGCAGUGGAACUGAAAUAAGUCUGUUUAGGUUACCGUUUUGGUCCAAUCCCAAAUGGGAGAAGCACGUCCACAACAACCGAUUCUCCGACAAGGCUAUCUUCCGUACGACAUCGUACUGAACAUCCUGGCAAGACUACCUGUGAAAUCAGUCAUAAGAUUCAGCAUUAGAAUGUUCAAGAGGUUGCCUGAUACUUGCUUAGGACAGUUAAAAGGCGUUACGCUCGGAUUCUCGUAUCAUCCCGAGAAUAAUGACUACAAGGUUGUGAGGAUUUCCUGUUUGUCUUUGUUUACACAUGAGAUUGAGGUGUACACGUUAAGUUCGGAUUCGUGGAGGAGUGUUGGAACCACCAGUUUGACAGCAACCAAUGUUAUGUUCUAUGAUAAAAACCAUCCUUUGCCAAUCCCAUUGGUUAAUGGAGCUUUGCACUGGGUGUCAAAUGCCGUAGAAGGUGAAGAGAAUCACUGGAGUAGGAUGAUUAUGGCUUUUGAUGUCAAUAGCGAGCGAUUCAGAGAGCUAGCACUGCCUGAUGGGUCUGUUGAUGAGAACACCUUCCAGAGAUUUCUUGCAUUGUUCAAGGGGAAAUUGGCUUUACUUGCGUGGGAACAUAGGGAACAACCUGGCACCCAAUACUCCAUAUGGAUGAUGAAGGAGUACGGCGUGAUUGAGUCUUGGAAUAAACUCUUUGUUGUACCAUUUGAAAGAGUAGCUCAUUGCAUUGCCUUUACCGAGUAUGGUUCGCUUCUGGUUUGCUACAUCAAUGAUCAAGCAGAGGUGCAGGGAUUUAAGUUUGUAUUAGUUGACACUGAAACUCUACAUGAGAAGAAGGAUCCUGAUAUCCAACAUUAUUCAUCUGUAGCUACUUUCAUGGAGAGUCUUGUUUUAUUUGAUGGAGCAAACGUGGUAUCUUACUAAGCAUAUGGCGGAGUGUAUAUAAGAAGUGAAGUAAUUAUUGGUAUGGACGAAUUGAAACCUUUGUUAUUCCUUAUCCUUUUAGUAGUAGGCAUGUUUGUCUUGCUAAAAGCUUGAUUUUUACCCAGGUUUACAUA